ACAAACAUAUCUUCUCAUUUUGGCAAAACGUCUCAGCCGGGACAGACAGGACUAUCAUCUGUUGAACUGAUCGAGGAAUUACAAAAUAGUUUCUACAGUUCAAUACUGCGAUUACUUUCAAUAGAAUCAACAAGAACACUUUGGACUGGUGAGAAGAGUCAUCAUGAUGUGUUCUGCUGCCGCGCUUGGUGCCGUUGUUCUGUGGAUAACCGCCAGCUUCUCUACAGCUAACAAGGGAGCCUGUGACGUCUACGCUGCAUCUGAACAGAGUGUGACGCUGCCUUUUGUCUAUGGUGCACUGACAAACUCUCAAACAUUGAGAUGGACACAUAACAAUGCCAUCAUUUUCUACAGGGAAUCAGGCAGCGUGUCGGUUGGAAAGCCCACAGACGUCUCUUCAACUGGAUCGCUUCUGUUGAAGAAUGUGAAGGCUUCAAGUUCUGGAUUAUACAAAGCAGUUGUCCUCCAUGCAAAUACAACAAUAGCUCAAACAUGGAGUGGUCAUUUGUGCGUGAUGGACAAGGUACCACAACCCCAACUCAGUUAUGUGUGUGACUCAAAGUCCAACACGGCUACGCUGACGUGCUAUGUGGCUAAACCUCAGGGCUUGACCUUCUCAUGGAGCCUCAAUGACAAGACCUUAACAAGUGAAACAAAACAAGUUCUCAUCAUAUCGCUGAAGAAGCUGACAGAAGGGAACUUUUCCUGUGGUGUUGCAAACAAAGUCAGCGAGGACAAAAGCACCAUGGUUCAUGUGAAGUGUGAAGGUCCAGCUGUGCUUUGUUUUGCACCUCAAACUGUGAUGGCGGUGUUAGCAGGCGGAGCGGGAUUGAUUCUGUUUUUGCUCAUCUUCAUCACCGUCAUGUUAUGUGGGUCACGCAGGCGGAGGAAAUGCGUAAUGAGCCCCAGCAAUGAAGGUGACGUCAGGAUGUGUUCCCUGAACCAGCAACAAGCCGUUCACAUCAGCCCGGACUAUGAGACAAUGUGCCCUGGUGAGGGUUCACCAAGCCCGAGCCCCAAACCUUCACCGAGGGCCUGUUACUGCACAGCUCCUCAGCCUGAAAGCAGGAACCAGCAGCUACCAGCAGGACCUUCACCCGUGCCCAAACCGAGAACGAGGAACCCCCAGGCAUCAGUUCUCUAAACGCUCCCCAGUUUUUACUUUUUAAAUAUGUAUUGUUGAUG